AUGACUUCGAAUAUUUUCGGUUUUCUAUUAUUUGUUUGUUUGAUUUUGAAAGGAGUUCAACCAAGUGCCGAUAUUUGUGAAAUUUUGUGAGUUCUAGUUUGAAAAUUCGCAAAUUGUUUUUUUUUUCAAAAUUCAGAGAUGCAAACUAUUGUUUCUAUUUCUCCGAUUCAUCUUGCUAUAUAAACUUAUGUCAAUGUGAUGCUUGUUCAAAACCAGAUGAAGUUCAAAGUAUUUUGUUAGAUUCUGAUUCUCCAACAAAUUCAACAAUCGAAAAAGAGAAAUUAUGUCCAACUUGGUGUCCACAUAUCAAAAAUAACGACACAAUUUUGAAUAUUUUGGGAUCUUCCAAUCAAACUUCAGAACUUCAAGAAAUAUCAUUCGAAUGCGAAGAUUUGGAGAAGAAUUGUCUUUCUCAUUCUGGUUAUAAUGGACAUUGUUAUUUCUACGAAAAACAAUGUGGUUUCAAACAUGCAAUUGCAAUGAGAGGAAAAAAUAAAAAAGACCAAAAUCAAUUGCAAAAAUGUGUGAAACUUCAAAGAAAAUGUCAUAAUAAAUAUCCAAAACAUUUUGCCUGUCGACAAUUGAAGAAAAAAUGCAGAGGUGUGAAACUUCCACAAAUUACUUCUAAUGACAAUUCUACGGUAAGCUUUUUCUGUUUUCUAAGAAAAUGUGUCCUAAAACAGUAUUAUUCAGAUAAUCAGCAAUUCCACAACUCAAAAAUCAAAUUGUCCACUCGAACAAUGCAUCAACUUCCAAAAAAUAUGUUUCAACAAAUAUCCAAAACAUUUCGCGUGUCGUCAAUUCAAUCGAAAAUGUCAAGAAUAUUCACUUCCUCCGUUGAGUUCAACAAUUCCAACAGCAACAGCACAAGUUACAGUAAGACCAAAGAAAUUACACAAAAAAUCUGGCAAUUCGACAAUUAUUAUCACAGCUGGUGGACAAUUUGUGAAUUCAAGUUUAGUUGAAGAUAUUUUGAGAUUAUAA